UCCACCACUGUCCGCACCACUGAGAUCAACUUCAAAAUCGGGGAGAGCUUUGAGGAGGAAACGGUGGAUGGACGGAAGUGCAGGAGUUUGGCCACUUGGGAGAAUGAAAACAAGAUCUAUUGCAAACAAACUCUCAUUGAGGGAGAUGGCCCCAAAACAUACUGGACUCGAGAAUUGGCUAAUGAUGAGCUGAUUUUGACCUUUGGUGCUGAUGAUGUUGUGUGCACAAGAAUUUAUGUAAGAGAGUAA